UGCAUUCAACACCGCUAGAAAAUCCCUGCCAUCUGACGUAGAGGGAUUUAUAGGUUUAGUGGAAAUUGCUUUCCCCACUGUCCAGAUUAAAUACUGCAGGAUGAUUUUUUGUAUGAGUAAACAUCCUUCCAAUAACGAUCAGACCGAUAAUGUCUUAAAAAGAGAAACAGGAUCUACGUUUUGCUUUUCUUCUUCUUGUAUGGACUGUUUCUGGAUACAGAACACUCAGGUAACGUGUUGACUGUCCAUAAAAUGCAUUUUAGCAUCUUCCUGCUGUUGUGGGGAUGGGUUUUAUCCACUGAAUGCAGAGUCCACCGACAAGGAAAAGAAAUACAUGAGGCGUACAAAAAAGGCAGCCGGCCCCAGCGGCAGAGACGGGAAGCCCACAGUGAGGCGCACAAGCAGGGCAGUAGCCCAAUCCUGAAACGAAGCCCUGACAUCACCAAAUCUCCACUGACGAAGUCAGAACAGCUGCUGCGAAUAGAUGACCAUGACUUCAGCAUGAGACCAGGUUUUGGAGGCCCUGCGAUUCCUGUUGGGGUGGAUGUCCAAGUUGAAAGUCUGGACAGCAUUUCUGAGGUGGAUAUGGACUUCACCAUGACGCUCUAUCUGAGACACUACUGGAAAGACGAGAGGCUGUCCUUCCCCAGCACCAACAACCAAAGCAUGACGUUUGAUGGCAGGUUGGUGAAGAAGAUCUGGGUCCCUGACAUGUUCUUUGUGCACUCCAAGCGCUCCUUCAUCCACGACACCACCACGGACAACGUCAUGCUGCGGGUCCAGCCAGAUGGGAAGGUACUUUAUAGCCUCAGAGUUACAGUAACAGCAAUGUGCAACAUGGAUUUUAGUCGCUUUCCCCUGGACACACAGACGUGUUCCCUGGAGAUUGAAAGCUAUGCCUACACCGAAGAUGACCUCAUGCUCUACUGGAAGAAUGGCAAUGAUUCCCUAAAAACAGAUGAGAGGAUAUCUCUGUCCCAGUUCCUGAUCCAGGAGUUUCACACCACCACAAAGCUCGCCUUUUACAGCAGCACAGGAUGGUACAAUCGCCUCUACAUCAACUUCACCUUGCGCCGGCACAUCUUCUUCUUCUUGCUCCAGACCUAUUUCCCUGCCACUCUCAUGGUUAUGCUGUCCUGGGUGUCUUUCUGGAUCGAUCGUCGAGCAGUUCCUGCCAGAGUUCCUUUAGGGAUCACCACCGUGCUGACCAUGUCCACGAUCAUCACGGGGGUGAACGCCUCCAUGCCCCGUGUUUCCUACAUCAAAGCAGUGGACAUUUACCUGUGGGUCAGUUUUGUGUUCGUCUUCCUCUCAGUGCUGGAAUACGCAGCAGUGAAUUACCUGACCACUGUGCAAGAGCGGAAGGAGAGGAAACUCCGGGACAAGCUUCCCUGUACAUGCAGCCUACCUCAGCCCCGGCCCAUGAUGAUGGACGGCAGCUACAACGACGGCGACGUGAACGAGCUGGGGCACUACGUGUCCGAGAACGGUGACAAGCAAGACAGGAUGAUGGUGCAGCUGGCGCUGGGGUCUGAGAGGGGCUCGGGCAGGAGGAAAAACCAGAGAUACGUCAGCAUGCGGAUUGACACUCAUGCCAUUGACAAGUACUCCAGGAUAAUAUUCCCUGGUGCAUACAUUCUAUUUAAUUUGAUAUACUGGUCGAUUUUUUCAUAAACAUCUGUAACUGACAUAGUCACAGUGUACUGCGACGGUAUAUGAAGGUACUGUCUCAUAGGCUAACAGAAAGAAAAUAGAGAUUGUUUUAAAUUUGAAGAUCAAUUUUUUCAGGAUUACAUUUUUUUUUUAUUAGAUGCAACUCAUCUGUGGCAUAAAUAACUGUGCAAGUUUGACAUUUCAAAUAAAUAUAGGAUGUACA